GUUAUCGCCAAACGUUUUCAUGGAAGCGGUCCAGUUGGGCAUCGCCCUUCUUGAAGGCGGCAACCAUCCAGUGGAAUCUCUACACGAAAUUGCAGUCGGCCGAGACGAGCGCCAUCUUCUUCAAGGUGUUCCACGACCAAGUCAGAGAGUCGCAAGCGGAAAUCCGGUCCACCAUGUCGGUCAACACGACCGAAACGGCAUCGGCGGGUAACAACAAGCUCCAGGACCAUUCCCAUGAAAUGAAGGAUCAUUUCCCGUACAAUCGUGAAGCAGGAGGGACAGCCGGGAGCAGCAACAGCGGCCCGAUCCUUGAAAGCGAUCUCCAGUUCAACAGCAGCGGGCGAAUGGUCCUGGGAUCACGAGCUUAUUCGCCCGUUCAGUGCCACCGAUUCGCCAAUUAUUUGUUUGGCCGUUUGCGUCGAAUUGGACUCCAACAUCACCGCGAUGAACCGAGACUCAGACGCUAUUUUGUUGCCGGAAGAGACACCAGAUAUCCCAUCCGAAGAUUGAGUCUUUAUCAGAGUGGUCCUAGUUCGCCCCCAGUCAAUCCGGUUGAACAAAUUGACCCGCAGCCGGGAACUUCUCGUGAUUAUUCCAUGGAAAUUGAUUUGGCAUUCAAUGAAGUGAUGCCGAGUUUGGAUCGUGGAUCGAGUCAUUCGGUCGGCUGGAGAAGAUCUCGGUUCUCUCGGAUGACUCGUCGCAACAACUCACACAUCUCGCCCAGGAGCAACUCCCUACUUCACGCCCGUCAUUUGGGAAUCCAGCGAAGAAAACCUUCACUGCUCAACCGCAUUUUCCACGGGCGUACCCUUCAAAACAUCAUGAGAUCCCUGUCGACUCACCAUUCGACAUCGGAAGCCACUGCUCCAGUCAAUCUGGAAACUGGACAACGUUCCGGCGAUCAGUCACUUCGUCCUUUGAUGGAGCGUCUAGAGUCGCAUUUCCGACUUCAGCGUCAGACAAUCGGCAUAUUGGCCCAGCUGAACGAAGCCGCUGUAGCCAACGGCAUUGGCACAACUACCGAUGGUUCCACGGCCGCUGGAGAAAGUUUGAUCGACGGCGGUGGUGCGUCCACGGCCAGUUUUAGUGAUAGCAGCGUAUCAUCCCGUGGCGGGCCGUGGGCCUCUAAUGUCCUGCACAGCAUCCGCCAUUGGCGAGCUAGAAGAGAUGCCUUUGAAAGAGCUCGUUCUUUCGAGUCCAGAUGUGACUGCCGAGUCCGCCGCAACGGCAGCGAAUCGUUGGCGACAGUCGAGUCCCAUUCGUUCACCCCGGGGUGUAGAGCAGCGAAUGAGGCUUUUGUGGAGAGAGUAUUUGUCUCAGGUAGUUAAUGUGCAGCUAAACAAUAUGAGUGACGGCGGCGGAAGCAGCAACGCUCCCAGCUCUUAACAGCCAGGAGCGCCGGAUAGCGGAGGCGAUAACAACGACCAAAAACGAACUCAUUAUCGUCUCUGGCUUUCGACCAUGGUGGAAAGUCUCACCAGUUUCUUUUCCCAACACGGAAUCAAUUCAUCUGAUUCGGUCGAUGCGACUCCAGCUCCUACUCCGCAACCACCAACAGCAACGACGACAACAUCGGUAGCCGGAAGCAGUCAGGCUAGACAAUUUCCAGGAAUUCCACCCAGACCUGGAACUUCGGCCGUUCCCCAGUCAUUCCCUUACGUUUCCCGUUUCUCGGCAUGUCGUGGGAGGAGGCGCUGGAGCUGCCGGAAUUGCUUUCGGGGGAGCCGAACAAGGACCAGGGCAGCAGCGCUGGACUCUCCGCCGGAAUGCGGAAUCACAAGUGUCACUCAGCGCACAUCUGACGUACCGCAUCCAGGCCUGGAAUUUCUGCGCCAAAGACGGAUGCAUUCCCGACAUCCGCGAUCCUUACGCCAACAUUGUCGUUCCCGAAAGUAAAAUCCACAAUGACGCCAGUGUCGAUGUGUCAGCUGACGGCCGGUUCCUCGUUACGCUCGUCCCUUGCACUUCACUCACUGGAGCUCUCAUUAGUCUGCUUAGUUUAGAACCGUCUCGGUUGGGCUUGUGCCUUGCACAAGUCAAUGUCGACCAGUUUGUCGUGUCCGUCAGCAUUUCACCAACUUGUCGCCAUCUUCUGCUGGGCUUGGCAAGUUCCCGCGCCCUCUCUGUGGCCAGUCGUGAUCAUGCUCUUCCAACACUCUGGGCCCAGGUGUAUCAGAUUCCUACCAAAGCCUUUCAAGCUCA